AUGAUGCAGAAAUGCCUGCGAGCGUUCGCCGUUUCCAUCAGCUACCUCAUUUGCUUAAUAUUAUGUGAAUAUAGAAAAACAACUCAAUGGCGACCGAACGCCUCGCGACCUUCCCCUCAAAAUCACAGUGGGAAACACUGCUGGUGUUCUUGGUUGGCGGAUGCCGACCUUCACGCUUGGAUUCUCUCCCACUUCUUAAACAUCAAUUUUCUCCUCCUCCUCCUCCUCUCUCUCUUUCUUCUUCUUCUUCUUCUUCUUCUUCUUCUUCUUCUUCUUCUUCUUGUCGUCUUUUUUGUUUCCUUCACCUACUUUUUCCCCCUUGUUCUGCAGCUACUACUGCUACUACUAGUUCGUCUCUUUCAUCUCUUCCUCUUCCUCCACCCUUUCUUUUUCGCCUCCUUCAGUUUCAACUCCCUCCUCUUCUUCUUUACCUUCUUACUCCACUCCUCGUCCUUCUCCCCUUAUUUGUUCUCCCUCAAGUUCUCUUUUCCUCCUCUUCUCCUCCUCUUCCUCCUCCCCUUCCUUGACGUCUACCUUCUUUUCGUCUUUUUCGUUUUCUUCAACUAUUUUUUGUUCUGUAUUCGCCAUCCUCUACUCUUACUAUUACUACGUUUUUUUUUAUUCUAUUCGACUCCUCCUCCCUCUUCUUCUUUGUCUUCUUCAGCUUCUCCUCCCCCCACUUCUUUACUUUCUUACGCUCCUCGUUCUUCUUCCCUGCUUCGUUCGCCUUCAAGUUCGCUCCCUUUCUUUCUCCUUCUCUUUCUUUUUACAUUGCUAUUUUGUUAUAUCACAUCACAGACUAUUGGUAACCAUUACUGGAAAUCAACUUAG